AUGCGCUCCUCUGUGCUCUUCAGCUUGGCGGCGUCCCUCAUCACCGUCACCGCUGAGUGCUACGGCAACUUCUCCCUCAGCUGCACCGGCGUGAGCCUCUUCCACGGCUUCUUCCUCGGUGCUACCUGUGCGACCUGCUGCAACUCGGACGCCGACAGCGUCGUGGACGAGUCCGAGACCCAGAAUGAGCUCGACCUGACCAUGUGCAUCGGCCUCAACCAAACGAGCGGCCAUAUGAAGUGGGAGGUGUACGGCAAAUUCUCCAACUACUGCAAUAACUGCACCAUGCUCCAGGCCGUUGGCAAGCCGAGCCACCUGCUCACUUGUUUCUGUGAGCCGUUGGUUGGCAGCCACGGUCCUGUCCAGUCGACACUCAACCUGGACGAUGGCAUUAGCAAUGACAGGGGUACUCUCAAGUGUGCUGGUGGCAUGGCAAAUCUGGCUCCCGGCAAGACGAAUUCUGGCAAGAGUGAUUAG